AUGGCCGACGAAUUGAGACCCUUGUUACCACCGGACAAUCGCCGCCUGAGCAAGAUUGCACGUGAAGAGGAAGCGAGCUCGAGAGUCCGCAGUCAUGUUACCGAAGAGGAGCAGAAACUCUCGGAUGCCUCUGUUGGCGAGAGACUGCCAUAGUAAGGCUUUCAUCAAUGCCCGGCAGGAUGAUGAUCUGAUCCUUUGAGCAGUAAUGAUUACACAACGAUCGACUGGCUGCACGACCUGGUGAAAGACUCAUACCGACUUCGAUUCAUCCGUGAAAGGAGAGGCCUCCGCUACAGAGCUCUGAACCUAUUCGAUCAGGCAUCAGGAUGGAUCGCAGCAGCCAUCAUUGGAACUUUGACUGCCUGCGUGGCGUUUCUGGUGGACGUUUCAGAGGCUACCGUUAGCGACUGGAAGCUUGGAUACUGCACACAUAACCCGUUCAAGACGCGAGAAGCAUGUUGCGAGGGCCAAGUGCCUCUCUACGGUACCACUCCGAGGAGAAGUGAAUGUCCUGGUUUCAAGACCUGGUCUGCAGAUUUUGGUGGCUCGUUCAUGAUCUAUCUGGGCUUUGCUCUCGCCUAUGGUCUGGUUAGUGGCUUUGUUACCAUGCUCACCAAGCGCUCUCUGCCGGUUGCUGCAUCUGAGACGGGAGACAAGGAUCAAUACGCCUCAGCGACGCCCACUGCCGGAGGCAAGAGUAUGUAUAUGGCGGCUGGCAGUGGCAUUCCCGAGAUCAAGACGAUUCUCUCGGGAUUCGUCAUUCCCAACUUCCUCGAUUUCAAAGUCUUGGUUGUGAAGGCGGUCGGUUCCGUCUUCGCUGUGGCUACAGGCAUGUGUCUUGGCAAGGAAGGACCAUUCGUUCAUAUUUCGACCUCCGUCGGCUAUCUGGUCGCGAGUUGUUUCCCUAAAUACCGCGAGAAUGGACGGGAGAUGAGAGAAAUGCUAUCUGCUGCGUGCGCUGCUGGCCUCAGCGUCGCCUUUGGAGCCCCCAUUGGCGGCGUACUUUUUUCUUAUGAAGAAAUCUCGACUUAUUUUCCACGCAAGGUGCUGUGGAGAGCGUUCUUGUGUUCGCUCUUCGCAGCCAUGGUCUUAAAAGCCCUCAAUCCCACUGGCACCGGAAAGCUCGUGCUGUUCGAGACAAAUCACGAUACAUUAUUCUCCGCGAUCGACUGCCUUGUCUUUGUCUUCCUGGGGAUCGUCGGCGGCAUCUUUGGUGGAUGCUUCUGUCGUCUCAACUUCAUUUGGUCCAAGUGGUUCCGAACCUUCAGCAUCAUCAAGAACUAUCCCGUCUUCGAAGUCUUCCUGGUUGUUCUGGCGACUGUUCUACUCCAGUAUCCCAACCCACUGACUCGAGAGCCUGGAGAUGCCAUCAUCAAGCAUCUCCUCAUAGACUGCAAAGACGACGCCUCCCUGAACACUUGGGUCUGCCAAAACGAAGCCCGGUCAGAGAAGUCUGGAUACUAUGGUCAUCUCUUCUACGGCACAAUGGUCAAACUCGUCCUAACAAUCAUCACCUUCGGAGUCAAAGUCCCCUCCGGUGUCAUCAUCCCUUCCCUCGACGCAGGAGCUUUCUUCGGCAGACUUGUCGGCCAAGCCGUCUCUCCUUCCGUCUCUCCCGGUAUCUUCGCCAUGGUAGGAGCCGCCGCUUUCCUCGCGGGGGUCUCACGCAUGACCAUCUCUUUGGUAGUCAUCAUGUUCGAACUCACGGGAGAUAUCGAAUACAUUGUGCCCCACAUGAUCGCGAUCCUCGUAGCCAAAUGGGUCGCGGACAUGCUCGGAAAAGACAGCGUCUACGAUCUCGCACAGGCCGUCCUGGGCCAUCCGUUCCUCGACGAGGCCCACGCCAUGGGUCUGGUGCAGAAGGAAAAUUUCCUGGUAGCAGAUCUCAUGCCCCCGAAACAGACCAUGGAAGAAAUCACCGUCGAUGUCCCCCGCAGCAAUAAGGUCUCCCGCCGGAUCCUCUCCCAGAAACUCAAUCAACUGAAAUCUCGCGGCCUCAUGGACGCCGGUCUCGUUCUGGUGCAGAACGGAAGUAUGCUCCAGGGCUAUAUUGCGGAAGCCGAACUGGACUUCGGUCUCGACAAUCUCGGCCAACUCUACGACGCGGAUGCCGAAGUGCGAUUACUGGGCGAUGCGGAAGAGGGGGAUUUCGAUCUGAGUCAUUUCGUGGAUCGCACCCCGUUGACGGUCUGUGCUGCUGCGCCGAUGGAGUAUGCCGUUGAGCUUUUUGGGAAAUUGGGCUUGCGGUACCUCAUGAUCACCGAGGAAGGCUCGGGGAGGUUGGUGGGGGUCAUUAUUAAGAAGAGGUUGGUUGCUUUUCUGGAUGAGUUGAAAGGCGGGUAG